UUGUUUUUAAAAUAGUAGCGAGGCUCUCAGGGAUGACUCUGUGAGGCGCAGAAGAUUGCAGCUGGGGCGGCCCCGGCCAGGCUGAGCGUGGGCGCAGAGCUGCCCGUCCUGCCUGAAAGCUCGAAAUGAGUCCCGCUCGUCUGUCCCUCCACUGGGCGUGAGGCCUCCCGGAGGCUGCGGGGCAAAUGGCCCCAUAGUGGAAACUGGGGAGCUUUGAGGCAUCUGACCAGAGCAGGAGCCAGCCCGGGGACAAGGGUGCCGAACAGGCAAAGCAACUCAAACUUGAAGAAAUGAAAUCCCCAAGGAGAGCCACUGUGUGCUUCAUGCUUAUUGUGAUUUAUUCUUCCCAAGCUACACUGAACUUGAAUUUAGAAGCCAUUGUUCAUCCUUUGAUUCUCCACGAACAUGAACUGGCCGGUGAAGAGCCACUAAGGCAAAGACGAGCAGUUGCCACCAGGAGUCCUGCGGCUGAAGAGUACACCGUUGAUGUUGAGAUCAGUUUUGAAAACGCGUCCUUCCUGGAGCCGGUCAAAGCCUACUUGAACAGCCUCAGUUUUCCAAUUCAAGGGAACAGCACUGACCGAGUUACUGACAUUUUGAGCAUACAGGUGACAACAGUCUGCAGACCUGCUGGAAAUGAAAUCUGGUGCUCCUGCGAGACGGGCUAUGGGUGGCCUCGGGAAAGGUGCCUCCACAAUCUCACUUGUCAAGAGCAUGGCAGCUCCCUCCAAGGGCACAGUUGCAGUUGCCUUAAAGGACUUCCUCCCAAGGGACCUUUUUGCCAACUCCAGGGAGCAGAUGUUACCUUGAGAAUGUCGGUGAGGCUAAAUGUAGGCUUUCAAGAAGACCUCAGGAACAUUUCCUCUGCCCUCUAUAGAUCCUACAAGACUGACUUAGAAACAGCGUUCCGGAAGGGUUACAGAAUUUUACCAGGUUUCAAAUGGGUGACUGUGACAGGGUUCAGGCCUGGAAGUGUGGUUGUGACAUACGAUGUCCAGACUACGACACCAUCACCUGAAUUAUUGCAUAAAGCCAAUGAGCAAGUCAUACAGAACCUCAACCAGACCUACAAAAUGGACUACAACUCCUUUCAAGCAGUCACUAGUAAUGAAACUAAGUUCUCUGUCAUACCACAAGUAAUAUUUGAAGGGGAUACAGUCACUCUAUCAUGUGAAAAUGAAGUUUUAUCCUCCAAUGUGUCUUGGCACCAUGUAGAACGACGCUUUGACAUCCAGAACAGCAGCAGAUUCUCAAUUUACACGGUUGUGCUCAACAACAUGACCUCAGUAUCCAGCCUCACCAUUUACAACAUCACUCAGGGAGAUGCAGGUGAAUAUGUCUGCAAACUGAUAUUAGAUAUUUUUGAAUAUGAGUCCAGAAACAAAAUAAAUGUUCUGCCCAUCCGAAUUUUGGCAAAUGAAGAAAUGAAGGUGGUAUGUGACAACAAUCCUGUAUCUUUGAACUGCUGCACUGAGAAUAAUGCUAAUUGGAGCAAAGUAGAAUGGAAGCAGGAAGGAAAAAUAAACAUUCCAGGAAACCCUGAAACAGACAUAGAUUCUGGCUGCAGCAGAUACACCCUCAAGGCUGAUGGAACCCAGUUCCCAAGCAGGUCGUCUGGAACGACAGUCGUCUACACGUGCGAGUUCAUCAGUGCUUACGGAGCCAGAGGCAGUAAGAACAUCAAAGUGACAUUCAUCUCUGUGGGAGCUAAUUCCAGACCCGGAGGGGAAGUGCACGAGGUCCUGAGGCAUGUGAUGGAAAUGAGUACAGUUCAGAGCGCUACCGCGAACAGCCUAGACACAAGUAAAGCCCAGGAGCAGCAAGCCAACCUAACAAUAACCCCGGACCCAAUUUCUGUUUCUGAGGGACAAAACUUUUCUAUAAAAUGCAUCAGUGAUGUGAGUAACUAUGAUGAGGUGUAUUGGAACACUUCUGCUGGAAUUAAAAUAUAUCAAAGAUUUUAUACCACGAGGAAGUAUCUUCAUGGAGCAGAGUCAGUACUGACAGUCAAGACCUCGACCAGGGAAUGGAACGGAACCUAUCACUGCAUAUUUAGAUACAGCAAUUCAUACAGUAUUGCAACCAAAGACGUCACUGUUCAUCCGCUGCCUCUAGAGUCAAACAUCAUGGUGGAUCCUUUGGAAGCCAGUGUCUCAUGCAGCGGUUUCCAUCACAUCAAAUGCUGCAUAGAGGAGGAUGAAGACUACAAAGUAACUUUCCACAUGGGUUCCUUGUUCUUUCUUGCUGUAAAAGAAGUUAAUAGAAAUCAAGUGUGCUACAAACACAAUUUCAAAGCAAACUCAGUUUCCUGGUGUUCAAGAACAAUUGAUGUGUUCUGUCACUUUACCAAUGCUGCUAACAAUUCCGUCUGGAGCCAAUCUAUGAAGCUUAAUCUGGUUCCCGGGGAGAACAUCACAUGCCAAGAUCCCGUGCUCGGUGUCGGGGAGCCUGGGAAAGUCGUGCAGAAGCUGUGCCAGUUCUCAAAUGUGUCCGGCAGCGCCGGCGGCCCUGUGGGCGGGACCAUCACGUACACAUGUGUCGGCUCCCAGUGGACGGAGACGAGAAACAGCUGCAUCUCUGCCCCCAUCAAUAGUCUGCUGCUGCUGGCCAAGGCUUUGAUCAAGAGCCCCUCCCAGGAUGAGAAGCUCCCUACGUACCUGAAGGAUCUUUCUGUUAGCACAGACCAGGUGAAACAUGAAAUCCUCUCAUCUCCUGGGAGCCUGGGAGCCAUUAUUAACAUCCUCGAUUUGCUCUCAACAGUGCCAAUCCAAGUUAAUUCAGAAAUGAUGAAGCACGUGCUCUUCACGAUUAACAUCAUCCUCAACAAGCCCGUCCUGAGCACCUGGAAGGUUUUACAGCAGCAACAGACCGACCAGAGUUCACAGCUGCUGCACUCAGUAGAACGAUUUUCCAAAGCACUACAGUUAGGAGAUAACCCGUCCCUGUCCUUGUCCCAAGAGAACGUGCAGAUGAGCGGCAUGGUGAUCAAACCUAGCCAGCCCAAAACCUAUGAACAGAGGUUCGUUUUCUCAGAGGCUGACCUCUGGGGCAAUGUGGUCAUUGACAAGCACCAGCUGGGAAACUUGCAGCCAGAUUCAUCUAUUGUCACCGUGGCUUUCCCAACUCUCCAAGCCAUCCUUGCCCAGGAUAUCCAGAAAAGGACUUUUGCAAACAACUUAGUGAUGACAACCACUAUCAGCCACAACAUAACCAUGCCAUUCAGGAUUUCAAUGACUUUUAAGAACAUCAGCCCUUCACCUGGGGAAACAAAAUGCGUCUUCUGGAACUUCAGCCUCUCCAACCACACAGGGGGGUGGGACAGCAGUGGGUGCCACGUUGAAGAAAGUAAUGAGGACAAUAUCACCUGUAUCUGUGACCACCUAACAUCAUUCUCCGUCCUCAUGUCUCCUGACUCCCCAGACCCCGGCUCUCUCCUGGGGAUACUGCUGGAUAUUAUUUCUUACAUUGGGUUGGGCUUUUCCAUCCUGAGCUUGGCGGCCUGUCUAGUGGUGGAAUCUGUCGUGUGGAAAUCGGUGACCAAGAAUCGAACUUCCUAUAUGCGCCACGUCUGUAUCGUGAACAUUGCCGCCUCCCUUCUGGUGGCCGACACCUGGUUCAUUGUGGUGGCUGCCAUCCAAGACAGUCACUACGUGCUCUGCAGGACGGCCUGCGUGGCCGCCACCUUCUUCAUCCACUUCUUCUACCUCAGCGGCUUCUUCUGGAUGCUGACACUGGGCCUCAUGCUGUUCUAUCGCCUGGUUUUCAUUCUGCAUGAAGCGAGCAAGUCCACGCAGAAGGCCGUUGCCUUCUUUCUCGGCUACGGCUGCCCCCUUGCCAUCUCCCUCAUCACGGUGGGGGCCACCCAGCCACGGGACGUCUACACGAGGAAGGAUAUCUGUUGGCUCAACUGGGAGGACACCAAGGCCCUGCUGGCCUUCGUCAUCCCAGCGCUGAUCAUUGUGGUCGUGAACGUGACCAUCACGGUUGUGGUCAUCACCAAGAUCCUGAGGCCUUCCAUCGGAGACAAGCCGUGCAAGCAGGAGAAGAGCAGCCUGUUCCAGAUCGGCAAGAGCAUUGGGGUCCUCACGCCGCUCUUGGGGCUCACUUGGGGUUUUGGCCUUGCCACUGUGUUUCCGGGGACCAACCUGGUAUUCCAUAUCAUAUUUGCCCUCCUCAAUGCCUUCCAGGGAUUAUUCAUUUUACUCUUUGGAUGCCUGUGGGAUUUGAAGGUACAGGAAGCUUUGCUGAAUAAGUUUUCAUUGUCCAGAUGGUCUUCACAGCACUCCAAGUCAACAUCCAUAGGUUCAUCCACGCCUGUGUUUUCUAUGAGUUCUCCAAUAUCAAGAAGAUUUAACAAUUUGUUUGGUAAAACAGGAACGUAUAACGUUUCCACCCCAGAAACAACGAGCUCCUCCGUGGAAAAUUCAUCUAGUGCUUAUUCCUUGCUCAACUAAGAACAGGAAAAUCCAACCCAUGUGACCUCUCGGGAACGGUGGAUGUGCUUUAAAAAAGAUCGCUCCAAAGCUGCCAGUAACAUGCGCUCUGCACAGGUCUCUGGGAACAGAUGCUGAAAAGACUUUUUCCUUAGAGAAGAGGCUUUCUUCUGUAAAGACAGACUAAAAGGAAUUGUUAUGUUUAUUUUUGUUUUCUCACCCUUACCCCUUAAUGUGAUACUAAAUAUGUAUAGUAUUUAAGUGAAAUGCAAAUCCCCCAAGCCCAACUUCUCUGUCUAUAUUGUAAUAUAGAAUUUUGAAAAGACAUUUUUACUUUUCACACAAUGGGCACAAAGAUAAGCUUUAAUUAAAAUAAUAAGUAAGAGUCUAGUACCUAGGAAAUACUCCAGUGAAUUCUAAGAAGGAAGGAAGGAAGGGAAGGAAGGAAGGGAAGGAAGAGAGGGAAGGAAGAGAGGGAAGGAGAGAGGGAAGAAGAAGAAAAAGAGGAAAAGGAAGAACAAAGAGAAGACUAAAGAAGAACAACAUUAAGGGCCACAUUUUAAGAUUUCCGUGUUAAUGAUCUGAUAUAAUCACUCAGAUACUGCAACAUGGAGAAUUAAAAAAAAAAUGGCUCAGAAAUGGAAACCGAAAGUAAGCAAGGGGGAAUGAGUUCAGUAUCUUCCUGAUAUCUUCUUAGCUAAGAGGAGGAAAAAAGAGAGUGCAAAAAAUAGGGAGGAAAUUACAUCAAAGGAUGCUUUCAAGUGGCUGAUAUUAUAAUAUUUAUAAGAAAUGGGUGGAAGGAGACAUGAUUCUCCUGAUGCUAAACACACACAUCUAUACCUUUGUGUGUUAAGGUCUGAGCUACAUGGAAUGCAGAGGAAGUAUGAGAAAGACACUUUAUCAGAUCCAAGCAGAUCCAACUACUGAUUAAAUUUUUUAUAGUUUAUCAGAAAAGUGUUCUACUUUAGUUUGUUCCAUAUUUUGAAAGCCAGAUAUAUACAUUUUUGUACCCAUUAAUUGCCAAAUUUGAUGCAUUGCUCUGAAAUCAGACCCUAAUCGUCGUAUAUUUACCAGCUUUAACCAGGUACUUCUCUGUGCAUUAUAGAAUCGAUUUUAAUAAUUUUCGAGCAUUGUAUAUUAUUAUUGUUGUUACUGUUACUGUGGAUAAUGGCCCAUGGUGUGUUGUAUAGCUCUCUGUGUAUUAUCUCUUUCAGUCUUUAAAUUCCCAGACCAAUACACCUUAAGAGUUUCA